AUGGCCACCGAACACAUUAUGCCGCACGAGGAGGAUACGCAUCUCAAUGACGCCUCAUAUACAAUCCAAGAGGAGCCGCUGGGUACACCGAGAAAGCUACGAGUAGUGAUGGUCGGAGCCGGUGCCAGCGGAAUCAAUAUUGCUCGUCAUAUGGAAUUGCAAAUGCAGAACUAUGAGCUGCAAAUGUAUGACAAGAAUGAGGAUGUUGGAGGAACUUGGUUUGAGAAUAGGUACCCAGGAUGUGCUUGUGAUAUUCCCGCGCAUAAUUACCAGUAUACCUGGGAACCGAAUCCAGAAUGGUCUACCUUCUACUCCUCAGCGGGAGAGAUCUUCAAGUACUUCAAGAACGUGGCUACCAAGUAUGACUUGUACAAGUACAUUCGUUUGAAUCACUUGGUGACAGGAGCAGCCUGGAACGAGGAAGAGGGCAUUUGGAAUUUGGAGAUCAAGAAUAGAGAGACUGGCGAGACCCUUCAUGAUUGGGGUCAUAUUCUUAUCAAUGGCUGCGGCGUUCUCAACAACUGGAAAUGGCCAGACAUCCCCGGUCUGCACUCAUUUAAAGGAGAUCUCAUCCACAGUGCUGCAUGGCCCGAGGACUAUGAUGUGACGAACAAGACGGUUGCUGUUUUGGGAUGUGGAUCAUCCGGAGUGCAAAUCGUUCCUACCAUCCAGCCAAAGGUCAAAUCACUUACCACUUUCAUCCGCACUCCCACAUGGAUCACUGCUGGAUUUGCCCAGAGCCAUGCAGGACCCGGAGGAGCCAAUUUUGAGUUCAGCGAAGAGCAAAAGAAGAUCUUCCGCGAGAAACCAGAUGAGUACCUCAGAUACAGAAAGGAGAUCGAGGGCGAACUCAACCAGCGGUUCAAAUUCAUAAUUGCAAACAGCAAAGAACAGGCUGAAGCACGGGAAUAUUCGACCAAAGAGAUGAUCACCAAAUUGGGCAACGACCCCCAACUGGUGAAAGCUCUGUUGCCUGACUUCGCAGUUGGAUGUCGUCGACCAACCCCCGGAAAUGGUUAUCUCGAGUCAUUGACAAAAGAAAAUGUACACGUGGUAACCGAUACAAUUGACAAGAUCGUACCGGAGGGUAUCGUUCUCUCAACCGGCGAGGUCAUCCAUGUCGAGGCCUUCAUCUGUGCCACUGGAUUUGACAUGUCCUUUGCCCCUCGAUUCGACUUGGUCGGACGUGAAGGUAAGCGGCUGGCAGAGGAGUGGAGAGUGAAACCCACAGCAUAUCUUUCCCUAGCGGCUGCGGAUUUCCCCAAUUACUUCACGUUCCUCGGACCAAAUGCUCCCAUCGGCCAUGGCAGUGUACUACCCAUCGUUGAGCACACUUCCAAAUACAUAAUCAAUUUCAUGAAGAAGAUUCAAAGCCAGGGGAUCAAAGCGGUUUCACCGAGACCCGAGGCCAUCCGAGAUUUCGAUAUCCAUCUCACUGAGUUUAUGAAGCGGACAGCAUGGGCUACUCCCUGUCGCAGUUGGUUUAAGAAUGGCAAGAUUGAUGGACCGGUCAUCGCAGUUCAUCCUGGAAGUCGCAUUCAUUGGUUCCAUAUGUUGACAGACAUCCGUUUUGAGGAUUGGGAGUUCACCUAUCUCAACAAUAAUCGCUUCGAGUAUCUGGGCAAUGGAUUUUCCGUGAAGGAGGAACCAGGGAGGGAUACCACUCUCUAUUUCGACUCACCGGAGGAAGGAUAUAGAGACUAUUGA